AUGGAUACCGACAUGGACACCGACGUGGAUGAAUUUGCCCCUCCGUCGAUUCUUGAGCGGAUGCCAAAGCGCAUCCUCCCGUCGCUCAUCGAACAGCUGGAUCACGAGGAUCUGGAGACUGUCACUACUCUCUCGAGGCGAAUUCGGCGAAAGUUCCUCCCAACUCUCCUACGAGAAGUUUUCUUCAAUGGCAGUGCGACUCAGAUUGCCUACCAGCUUGUAUCCUUUCUCGAGGAGAAGCGAGAGCCUACUUCAGGUCCAGUUCACGAAUACGUUGAGACCGUUACUUUCCGCCUUAUUCAAGACGACGGGGAAGGGGAAAUCCCUUCUGUCCUUGGUGCUUUCGGCACGCUGGGCGACUUCUUUCGCCGAGCGCCUCAGCUCCGGCAUGUCUUGUUCUUUUUCGCAAAGUCAACGCGAUUCCAAAAAGCAUGUUUCGUCAACCUUGUAGGCGACACAUGUGACUGGACGCCCCUGAAAUCACUCUCGCUGGAUUACGCGGAUCUAAUGAUCGUCAAUGCAAUGACCCGUGGCUGUAAACCACAGAACCUGGAAUCUGUGUAUAUGACCAUGCGCCUCAAGUCGGAAAAGUACGACAUGCUGAGGAAUCGGCAUCCACAGCUGAAACGGCUGUGGAUUGUUUGCCGAUACCCGAUAGGGCACGGGGAGCUGUACAACAAUUCUGCGUGGGAUAUCCUGCCCGCGAUCAGCCAGGACUUCAGAGGACUGGAGUGGCUCAUUCUUUCUGAAGUUUUCACCAGAGAUGAGUGCUUUCUGCGCCGUCACUUCGUAUCGCGUCGUGACCUGACGAAGCUUCUCAGAGCUGUAGACGACAUGGCAUCAAAAUUGAACGAAAUGCCCAAGCUAGUUCGUUUCGCCUUUCCCCUCGACCAGAAUACGAUGUGCAAUCGUCUUAUGCGCGAAGAUUGGACAUCGUCCACCAAGGAGCCUCUCAGUCACGAACAAGUGGCACAGUGGUACGCGAGGCUGAUCCUGCACAUCUCUCGAUCAGUUCCCCGGCUGGAGCAGAUCUGUGUCACUCAUGACUAUCCAUUCUUCUUCCAGGGGAUCAAAAAGCCUGGUGAGCGCGAGGUGACGAUCACCGAGUGCAGUAUGAGUGAGCUGGAUCGAGACUUCGAGUUCCCCGGCGGUCUUUUACACUGA